UUUAAUUGUAAUUUUCGUUUGUACAAAAGAAUUGGAUAGCUCUUCUAGUAGGUAUACUAAUAUUAAUACUGAUGAUGCUUUGCCAAAGCUCAAAGUUUUCCCACAGAGAAGUACCAAAACCAACCGACAAGCAAUCCAAAAGGCCUAAAUUCCUCCCUUUGGUAUGUUCUUUUUGAAAAGGUUUUUAUGCUGAUGAUCAGUUUAAUUUAAUUAUUACACAUUUAAGUGCAAACCACUUCCUCUGUUCUGUCAUCGAACAACUCAUUCAGUUCAUCAUCACCAUGCAAUCCACCCACCUAGAAGUCACGCACAGACCUUACCGAAGUUCAGCCUCUCGUCUGACAAUAUUGGCUCACUUGUUUGGGAUCUUGGCUUUCAUCCUCAUGCUGGUUUGGUUACUGCAUUAUCGUGGCGGUAUCGAUUAUGAUUCUUACGAUGGUUAUCGUGUUUUUAAUGUUCACCCAUUUCUGAUGUUCUGUGGAUUCAUAUUUCUGUCUGGUGAAGCAAUGAUGGUGUACAAGACAGUAAAAGCAGAACAUUUUGUGCAGAAGGUAGCACAUAUGAUACUUCAGCUUGGAGCUUUUGUGCUUGGGGUGGUUGGGAUUUGUGCAGUUUUCAAGUUCCAUGAUAUGCAAAGCAUAGAAGAUGUUUACAGUUUGCAUUCAUGGAUUGGCAUCGCCACUAUUUCCUUGUUUGCAUUGCAGGUUAAACAAAAAACCCAAAAAAUUCCAUGGGUUGUAGGGCUGUUCACAUUUAUGUUUACACAAACACAGACGACUAGGGCAACCUUGCUUCCCUGGCACAUUUGUGGUGGCAGGACAUUGCUAUACAUGUCGAUAGCUGCAGCUCUCACUGGCUUGAUGGAGAAGGCUACCUUCAUGCAACUAAGCCACAGCCGUGAAGCUCGUUUGCUCAAUUUCCUGGGACUAUCUAUCCUCUUAUUUGGCAUAUUUGUUGAUCUCAGUGUUGCUCUUGCACGAUAUGUCUGAUUUUAAUAUUAAUCAUCUUGUUGUUUUAUUGUUUGUGUGUGGUUUUCACUUUGA